UUGAUUAGACACAUCAAAGUCCAAGCACUUUUUAGUAUGUCUAAGCAGUAUGUGAAGAAACAUGCCAUGGAGAGGAGCAGGAACAUUUGCUCCCCGCGGGAGAAGCCGGAUAAGCCGAUCACUAACUUAUUUUCGAGGAAAAUAUACCCCAUCGCCCUGCAAAGGACUUGCUCCGCGCUUUCUUUAUCUUCUCUAUCUCUGUCUUUGUCUCAGAACUCAACUGAUUCCACCUUGACAGACUCUUCCACCCCUAUUGAUCACAAGAUAUCAUUAGCCCUUCGCCUUAUCGCCCCUUCUAAACGGAGAGAGACAACCCCCCUGCCUAAAAUAGUGCUGCAGCCUACCGCAGAUGCUCUUCUUAAUCAAGAAGGUCCAAGGAGAUGCAACUGGAUUACUAGAAACAGUGACAAAGUGUAUGUACAGUUCCAUGACGAAUGUUGGGGAGUUCCAGUUUAUGAUGACAAUGAGUUGUUUGAGCUUCUUGCAAUGUGUGGAAUGCUCAUGGAUUUCAACUGGACCGAAAUCCUUAAAAGGAGAGAACUUCUCAGAGAAGCUUUUAGUGGCUUUGAUCCCAAUAUUGUAUGCAAAAUGGGAGAAAAGGAGAUCAUUGAGAUAUCUUCCAACAAAGAGCUAACGUUAGCAGAAUGCAGAGUGAGGUGUAUUGUUGACAAUGCAAAAUGCAUAACCCAGGUUGUAAGAGAAUGUGGAUCUUUGAGCAGCUACAUGUGGGAAUAUGUGAGCUACAAACCAAUGAUCAACAGAUUCAAGUAUCCAAAGAGUGUCCCACUGAGGAGCCCCAAGGCGGAGAUCAUCAGCAAGGACUUGGUGAGGCGAGGGUUCCGCCUUGUGGGACCCGUUAUCGUCUACUCGUUCAUGCAGGCGGCCGGGAUGUCCAUCGAUCAUCUCGUUGAUUGCUUCAGGCAUGGUGAGUGUGUGAGCCUUGCAGAGAGGCCAUGGAGGCAUGUCUGAUUAAUUAUUUAGAGGACUAAUUAAUUAUGUGUUUAUCUGAUUAUGUUACUUGUGUUAUUGUUUGUAAGUUUAUCAUGCAAGAAUGUAGUAAACUUAAUCUCCCGAGAAUGGGAUGGUACCUAUCAGUUAUUAUUAUUUGGAAUAUAAUUAUUAUACAAUGAGGAUUUAUUAAA